CCAAAUUUCACGCAGCUGACCUGUUCACAUGUGAUUUUGACACCUGUCGUGUGCUUAGGUAACCUGUUAACGGGUCAGAUAACGAUUCAGGGAAAAUUGACUGAGACCUUCUCUCGUCACUCACCACCCUUCUCCAUAUCAGUCCUGCGUGCCACAUCACGGCGCAAAGCAGGUCACCAUAUCUUCCUCUAAUCAUGCAGCGCUGUCCGCGCCUUUCUCUUCACUGGACUCGAUAGCCUUCUUUAACUCAUUUCCUUUCACGAUUCGCGCUUCUAGGAAAGAUAAACAUCUCCACUCUACGAAAUUCUGGCUUCUUCAAGUUCCUGAUAUUGCGGGCUUAUUUACUGGCGUUGUCCGGAGACCUCUUCUGCCUCCGUUCAAGAUGUCACCUUCUUCGAAUUCGAUUCCGGCGACUCCGAGAGUCAUCAGCCCUUCACCAACACCCUCAGAGUCGCGAGAUUCCGCGGAUGGCUACUUUGGCCCUAUGACUAGAUCUGCGAGGAAGAAACAAGCGGCAGCUUCUCAGGUUCCGAUCAAUGAGGAGAUCGACGAGGACGACGAGGUCAAUGCAGAGCUUAGGAGGGCGAGAUCCAAAAGUCGAAGUCCCAUGAGAGUACGGAGAAUGUCUGGUCUCACCGCUGUCACCAAAGCGCCAACCAAGACGGACUCGAUUUUACCCUCGAAACCGGUGCAGAAUGGGAAGGCUACAAAUGGCCAUCUCUCGCCUGACAGCGCAAGUGGUUCAGGUUGGAGUUGGAGGGACAUCAGUCGAAGCCCCAGUCCCCUGGGCCUCAUCCCAAUUCACAGACAUUUCAGAGUCUUUGUGCACAAACACGAGGUACCCAGGAAGCUCUUACAUGUGUCUAUUGGAUUUUUCACUACCUGGCUAUACGUCUCCGGCGCUCAGACUACUACCAUCGCUCCGUACUUGAUGUCAGCCUUGGCCCCAAUUACUGCUGUGGACUUUGCACGACACAGAUAUGCAUCUUUCAACCGAUUGUAUGUUCGUGUGCUUGGGGCGCUUAUGCGGGAAACCGAGUAUGCUGGGUGGAAUGGGGUCAUCUGGUAUCUACUCGGUGUGUGGAUCGUCUUAUCGUUUUUCCCAAAGGACGUCGCUAUAAUGGGAGUGCUACUUCUCAGCUGGUGCGAUACAGCUGCUAGCACGUUUGGACGAGCUUAUGGACGCUAUACACCACGUAUCAGAAAAGGAAAGUCGUUGGCAGGGUCACUCGGGGCAUUUGUAGUGGGAGUCCUCACAGCAGUCUUCUUUUGGGGUUGGCUUGCACCGCGAACAAGUCCGUAUGCGGAUGAUAUCAAUUUUCCAUUCAUGUUCACAGGGACUUUAUCGUUGCCCGCCCCUCUUCGAGACUUGAUCGGAAUUACUAAGGCUCAGGGAAGCAUCAGUGGAGGAUUGGCUCUGGGAAUCAUGUCACUCUGGACUGGGUUUGCGGCGUCUGCGAGCGAGUUGGUUGAUUUAUUCGGAUGGGAUGACAACUUGACGAUACCGGUACUCAGUGGCAUGGGGAUGUGGGGAUUCUUAAAGAUCUUUGGUUAG